AUGAGGAACGAUUGGUACUGGUUCGUAGGCUGGGUGCCGACAUUGCUAACUGUUAUAGGAAACGGAUUGGUCAUUUAUUUGAUUGCCACGCGUAGAAAACUUCACACUAUAAACAACCGCUUUGUGCUGUCGCUUGCAAUGGCAGACCUGUUCGUGGGCUUGUGUUUUUACCCAGGGCAAGUGAUCUGUCAUUUCUGGAUUUCAUACAAGUAUUCCUCUGUCAUCGAAGACAUAGGAGUCCUUUCCAUCUACUCAUCAGUUUCCAACCUGUGCGCUAUGGUCCUCGAUCGUUAUAUCGCUAUCGUCAAGCCUCUUCAGUAUAUUUCGCUCAUGACUUCUCAUCGUGCUUCAGUGGCGAUAGCCAUCGCAUGGCUGUUCCCGAUAUCAGCUUAUUUUAUCCCGUCUCUUUGCGCCAGCUUAAACUUAUUCGGUCUAAACCUUAAAGUUAGCGUCGUCGUGUGGACUACCAUGUUCGAGUUUAUUCCAUGCACCUUACUACUGGUUGUAACAGUUCAGGCCGUUAUUACCUCGAGAAGACACAAUCGCCAUGAUGCACAGCUUACGUCGCAGAUACGCUUCAACCAACCUAAUAUAAAAAUCGCACUGCAUUCAGCUUCCUCUCUCAAAGUGAUGACAGCUGUUGUGGCAAUGUUUUUGAGCUGUUACGCGGUGGAAGUCUACAGUUCGUUUUGCUACUUUACAGUGUUUUGCAACAAGCGCGAGGGAUUAUUCAGGGUGGUUCAUUUUCUAGUUGUCGUAAAUUCAGUUGCGAACCCUGUAGCCUAUGCGCUUUUUAAACGUGACAUCAAAAGUGAGUUUGACAAAAUCUUCCGCAGAAAGCGUGCGAAAACCAUAACACGCAACUGUCAGCGAACAGGUAGAACCAGCGUGUAA